CACGUCCCACAACCCCCUGCUGCUCAGGCGGCUGACGGUGUGUACAGCAUGGUGACUGAGGCUCCGAACCUUCAGAUGAUUCAUGUCAAAGACAAAGAGAGCGGCGCCCCCUCCCUGCAGCAGCAGCGCCCCCCGAUGUCCCGUCUGGAGCCUCCGCUGGACAAAACGCUGACGGCGGUGAAGAGUCUGACUCUGGACACUCGCGGCGUCCCCGUCCCACGGAAGAACCAGGUCAAGAUGAUCUCCAGCUGUCCUCUGCCUCAUGCCGGCCCUGAGCCCGGCACCCACCCGGCCCCGGGCCCCGGCUCUGACCGGGACCAGACGUACUCCCAAAUCACCAUGCCUGCCGCCGCAGAGCGAGCCACCAAGAGGGUGUCAAGGCGAGGCGGUGGUGGCGGCGGCGGCGGUGGUGGCGGCCCCACAGUCAUCCCCCAGGAGCCCGAAUACUCGCUGCCCUUCGACACCAUUGCCGUCAACGUCAUGGCCGACAUCCUGAACUCCCAUCAGCCCCACGGAGCGGAGCUCGGCGCCGACCCGCUUUACGACAGCAUCGACGAGAUGAAGAUCAGGAACAUCUUCCUGAGCGACGCCGCCGCCGCCGUGCCUACCUACGGGAAGGUGGAACACAUCUACGACGAGCCCGAAGGUUGCGCGGCCACCGCCGCCGCCACACAGAAACCUCCCACCUCUGUGUACGACGACCCCGAGGAGAUGAGAGGAGACGCCUGGAGGGUUAUGGGUACUGCUGCUGACCCUAAAGGUCACGAGUACCCAUACAACCCGCGAGUGGACGACUACGCCGUCCCCAAACGAGCCCAGAGAGCACUUCCUGUUGGACAGAGCACCGAGGAAGAAGAAGGAGGCGAGGAGGAGGAGGAGGAGGAGGAGGAGCAGAGCGAGGAGCAGCAGGACUCGCCGUACAACAACGUGAUGGUGAAGAUGGCGUAGAGACAGGAAGCAGCUGAGGCAGGGUCAUGAUGUCCUCAGUAAUCAGAACGAGACGCUCGCUUCACGCCGACGUCCUCGUCCUCGUCUCUGGAGGACGUUACGGUGACUCAUUUCCUGCUGACAAAUAUUAUCUUCAUCAUUUAUAGAAUAAUAGUAAUAAACUUUAUUUAUACGCAACUUUUCAAACAAAAACGUUUCAGGACACAAAAUCCGCCGAACAGCAGGAGGAAAAAUGAAAAUAAAUUAUUGAAAAAUUAUUUUAACAUAUACAAACAAUGAACAGACGAGACGUGUUGUAAAUAAAAAGAUUCAGGCUCCUGCAGUGAGUUAACCCUUUAACACCCAAACAUGGAAACAACUCGAGACGUGAUCCACAAAUGACAAGAAAUUAGCAGAUUCAGGUUUUUUUAUUUUAUUUUUUUGGGAAAAACUAUAUUUAUAAUUAAAAUGAAUAUUUGAUAUUCACGAUUAGGGCGAUGUUGGUGAAAAUAUUUAACUCAGUGAAAGUAGAAAAUCAUAUUAAUGUAAAAAGUGUGUUUAAAGCUUGAUUCUGAAAAGCAGAUUUUGUGUGCAGAGCGUGAUAUUAAAGCCGACACAAAAGGGUUAAAUCUCAUUUUUCGAAGGGAUUUUAAAGAUGUCAGUGCGGCCUGAGAUCAGCAGGGGGCAGCAGAGCCACAAACCUGAACGCCACUGCAACAUCAUCUUCUUCAUCUUCAUCAUCUUCAUUUAGUUCAUUUACCGUUUACGCUCGGUGAAUUAACCCUUUAACGUCUGUAUCCCCUGUUGUGUUUCGGUCUGUUUCACAUUUGAACAGCCUGAACAUCUGAAAUAAAUCCUCAUCUAACGUUUCA